GAGCUGUGUACACGAACCUGAGAAAACCUAUCACUGCUUUCCAAGGACGGCGGGGGAGCUGAGAAUCAUUAUUUUGAGUUGUCAUAACAAAAGAGUUUUAAAAUGUCGGCUGCGAAAGAAGAUCCUACAGAGUUGGGAAUAGAGAGGCCAAAAUCGAGGAAAUCGCACGAAUUUGACGAUAUUUUGGACAUGGUUGGAGGCUUUGGUCGUUAUACAUUCGCCCUGUAUGCAUUCAUGUGUGUCAUGUCCCUACCGAUCGGCUUACAGCAACUCGUUCAAGUUUUCUACGGCGCCACUCCGAAGUAUUCGUGUGUUUCCUUUUCAUCUCCCAACAACGCCACUUGUUCAGAAACUACAAACUGCUGUCCCAACUGCGUCAAGUACGAAUUCCAAGCUGGGAUGACGAGCGCUGUAACCGAAUGGGAUCUGAUAUGCAGCAGAAAACCUUUGAAGGCCAUGACGCAGUCAAUUUACAUGGCGGGUCUGUUGGUGGGCUCAGUGGCCAUUAGUACCCUGUCAGAUCACUUUGGUCGAAAGAUCAGUGUUUUCCUCAGUAUAUUUUUCAUGGCGGUUUGUGGAACAGUGUCGGCUGUAUCGGAUUGCCUUUCCUUGUUUUCGUUGUUCCGUUUCGGAGCUGGUGUGGCCACGGCGGGCUGUCUUCUCGUUCGAUUUGUCUAUUGCAUGGAGAUCAUUCACAUCAACUCGCGGACUGCCGCAGGAAUAGUUAAUAACAUCUUUGUUAGUAUUGGUUUUUCGACCCUGUCUCUACUGGGUUAUUUCAUACGUGAUUGGAGAUAUCUAAUGCUGGCUGUGUCUAUACCUGGUGCGCCAUUGCUGCUCUGUUGGUGCUUGAUACCUGAGUCUCCUCGCUGGUUGAUUGCUAAAGAUCGUCUGGACGAGGCUCACGAGCUGCUUAUGAAAUAUGCCCGGAGAAAUCGGGUUACUAUUGAAUCCACUCAGCUGAAACACGCAAUACAGGAAUUCAAAAAGGAAGAAGUUCGAAAUCGCAAAGAAAACAGGAAAACUUAUGGUAUUCUGGACAUGGUGAGAACUUCGAAGCUCAGGAAAAGAACUAUAAUCUGCGGAUUUAACUGGUUCGUGAACGCCUUAGUUUACUUUGGAAUUAAUUUGAACGUUGGGAAUUUGGCGGGAGACAUGUACCUGAACUUCUUCAUCCUGUGUAUUGUAGAAAUUCCGGGGGCUUUGCUUCUCUGGUUUUUCAUGUCAAGAUUUGGCCGUCGUAUCCCGUACGCUACCUUCAUGAUCACUGGAGGUGUCGCAGAAAUGUUGGCGCUGGCUGUUCCUUCUGAUGAUGAGUAUCAGGUCAUAAUCACGAUCCUAGCUGUUGUUGGUAAAGCUUGCAUCUUGGCGACCUUCCUGGGGAUUUACGUGUUCACUGUGGAACUUUAUCCUACAAUAAUCAGGAACACUGGGAUUGGUGUAUGUUCUAUGAUGGCUCGUUUUGGCAGUAUUGUAACACCAUACAUUGUCUUACUGGCUGAUCUUCCCAAUAUGAGCAAAACGCUUCCGCUAGUCAUAUUUGGCGUUUUUGGAAUUGUCGCGGGCAUCAUGGCCCUCUGGCUUCCAGAGACGCGCUACAGCCCCAUGGCCCAGACCGUUGAACAAGCAGAGGCCUGGAGAGAAGACUACAAAAUCUACUGCUGUAAGCGUUACCAUACUGCAAAGGAAGAUGGGAGCGUUGGUUUGAUGGACAGGGAAGAUGGAGACGAGGCUGAGCCGAGUCCGAUACUGAAAGAGGCGCCAGCCCAUGAAAGUAAAUAUGACACUGUUGUUUAGGUCAGCAUGUAGGAAAUUCAACAGUGACAGGAGAAGUUUCCUUGCAAUGGUCAACUGAUUAGCUAUCGUUUUAACAAGGAAUCGCGUUCACUUCUUACUGGAAUCUUAAAAUUCAAAGUUCCCAUGAACUUAAUUUUAAACGCUGGAGUUAUUCCAAAUAAAAGUGACAGUGUUACUAUUUUAACUCCAGUUGCUAACAGUGUAUGAAGAAGAAUAUUGCCAUUGACACUGAGGCAUACCAUUUAUUACGGCCUCAUCAAUUCAGUCGCAUGCACGAUUUCUUUUUCAUACCUUUUCAUGGAUUGAAGGGCCUGUACAUGUUAAAAUGGUCUCACUUAUUAUUUUUUUUUUUAUUCGAGCCUUAUUCAAGAGCAAUCUGAUAAGUAGGUAACGUUGACUUAAUCACAGUUUUACUUUUCUAACGGCUUUUUCAACAGUAUCAGUUUCAAUGUAAAAAAAAAGUGAUGGAUAUAACCUCUUGAUUUCAAAUAUUUUGAUCCCUCUUCUUAACGAUUUGUAAUGUCCUCCACUUGCAUUACUCUACUACUGUAGGAAUUAUCUCAACACUGACGUGAGUGGUUACCGAAGCAGUCAGUUUCUGUUUGCUGACACCCGAUCAAUGGUCGUCUGAGCCUAGCCUUAGUUUUUAGCUAUCUUACAAUAUUUGACAUCAUGAAUCUUCCAAAAAAAAAAGCGCGAUUAUAGAAAGGGAACGUAAAGCUGAAGAUGCAGACGGCCACAAGAAGAGCCUUUGUAUUUUAUAUUACUCUUCAGUUAAUGAUUGCAACUUUGAUGUACGGAAAACUGCAAUCUAGUCAGUCCUGGACUUCUGUCUUUGAAUGUCUUACCUGACGCAAGAGAUUUCCAAAAUACAGCUUAAGUGUAUAUGAGUACUGAUCUCAAGUAUUCAUUAUGAUGACUGCUAAAACAGGAAACUUUUAAGUCUACAACUGGCUUGACAUUAUUAUCAAAGUUUGCAUCUCAUUCAAAAUGAUUUCUAAGCAUAUCUGACAUUGUGAACUUAUUAGGGCCAUUUUUAUGUUAUUCCUUUUGAAGGUGUUUAACUAGAAGGUAAAAUAUAAGUAUAUCCAAGUUUAGCUGCUUUAGUUAUGUGAUGUAACUGAUGGCUUAUUAAAAAAAAUUGGACUACUGGUCAA